AUGGAUCCAAACAACCCAAAUUUCCGUCAACAAUUUUCGGGUUAUAGUGAUGAUUUCCUAACUAAUCCCGAGUUUCAAUUGUUCUUGCAAAGAAUGGGCAAUAUGUCGUCCCAACCACCUCCACUGCAUCAGACACCCACUGAGGUUCCCCUACAAAACCUUGCGAAUGAAGAUCGUACACCUGAAACUGAUCUUGGUAGUAACACAAUGUUCGAUGAGAGCGAAGAGGAAAGCGUACCAGAGACGCCGCAGUAUCCUCCUCCACCAGUUCGCUUGUUGGAACCCAACCAGGUUCCUGCACGAGCUGCCCGUGUUUGGUCUGUGGCGGAAGAUGAAGCUCUAAUUGGGUUGUACUUGCAGAUUAGCGAGGAUGCUAUUAAAAGUACAAGCCAAAAAGCAACUACCCUAUGGCGCAAUGUACACGAAGCAUACCAAACUUUGCAUACGCAGAAGCCGCAUAUAAUUCCGCCAAGGCCUAUUAAGAGUCUGACGUCGCAUUGGAGAAGGUUGGCAGCGGACACACUGCAAUGGAUAUCUUGCUAUGAUGAAGCAGGUAGACUUCCGGAGGGAGGGAGUGGUUACAAUGAAGCUGAUCGUAUGAAAAGUGCGGCGAAGCUUUUUCAUGUCGCCCAAGGUCGCAAUUUCACUUUUCCUCACGCGGUUGAAAUGCUUAACAAGGACCCAAAGUGGAGACCAAAGCUAAGAUGGUCAAUGUCCUUGAAGGAAAGAAAAGCCGCUUCUGAUGCUGAGGAAGAAGGUAGUGCUGGAAGUGGGAAGAGGUCCAGAGGUGAUGUAGAGGCGGAUACCCCUACAGAUGGUUUUUCAUCUGGCGGUUUACAGCGACCCGAGGGUGUCAAGAAGGCAACGGCGAAGCGUAUAGGGAAAGCAGUACCAACAGAAAGUGGUUCGUCUGAGCUUAGCGAACGAAUGAAGGAAUUCGCUUUAGUUCGCGAGAGGGAAGCCAUACUGAAAGAAGAGAGGAUCAAAAUUGAAAAAGACAAGGAACAGAGGAAAAGGGAGGAACUUGACUUUCAUAAGAUGAAAACCUGGUUUGAUAUGUUGCAAGCUCUGAAGAAUUCUCCUACGCCACUCACAUCUGAAGAAGAGUCGUACAAGAAUUUUUUACUGGGUAAAUUACAAGGCCUUUAA